AUGUCUGGUGUUAAAGACAUACGUGUUGUUGUGUCAAUCGACUUUGGCACAACGUUUUCUGGUAUUGCUCUCGCACACGUAGAAGCUAAACAUAACAUCGAAGUCUUUAAUAACUGGCCCAAUGGCGAGUUGAUGCGACCAAACCAAAUGAAAGUUCCAACUAUACUGCUGUACAACCGGGAUUUAGAAGUAGUCGGAUGGGGAAAUACUGCGGUGGCAGCUGGAGGACUGUACGGAGGAGCUAGCCAAAGAAGUUCCAAUUCCCAUUUCUUGGCCGAACAGUUCAAGCUCUAUUUUUCAACUCAAGAACAUCUCCCCAAACCACUUUUGCCUGAGAAACUUGAAUUUCGAAAAGCCAUCACGGAUUAUUUGAUAAAGUUACGAGAGAUCAUACAAGAUAGAGUCAACAAGAAAUGGAGAGGAGUCGCCUUUCCCAAUCAAGUCCGUCUAGUAAUGACGUUACCAGUGGAUUGGCCCCAAACAUCCUUGACAGAUAUGCGCAAUUGUGCUCUCAAGGCCGGAUUAAUAUCGGAAAGGCAUGCGGACAAUUUGGAAUUCCUGACAGAGCCCGAGGCAGCGGCCUUGUACUGCUUGAAAAAUUGUGCCGAGUAUGAAUUAAAUCCUGGAGAUGCAUUCAUGAUUGUCGACUGUGGCGGUGGUACAAUCGAUCUGACGACAAGAUACUUGAUGCAAGAUGGAGGACUCGGUGAAGAGACUGAAAGUACUGGCGAAGCAUGCGGAGGUUCUUUUGUUGACCGCGAGUUUUUAAAUUUUAUCGGUGAUAAACUUGGCAUCAGCAAGGAAAAAAUGGACGAGCUGCGUCGAGAUCAUUAUACUCAGUUUCAAAGAAUGUUGGAGGGAUUUGUAUUUAGCGUGAAAUCUCGGUUUAACGGCAAUGAACAAGAUUUCGGAUAUACUUCUAUUCUGUAUCUUCAAUCGGAAUGCAAGGUUCUCGUGGAGAAUGCACAUAAAGACAAAAAGCCAGAAAUGGAGAAGUUGCGGUGGGCGAUUCCAUUCAAGUUUGAAGACGUAAAGAAAAUGUUUGAUACGGUGGUCGACAAGAUAUUACGCCUAAUCAAUGAUCAGCUGGUUAAUGCAGGGAGAAAAAUUGAGGCGAUAUUUAUGGUUGGGGGCUUCAGUGAAUCGGAAUAUCUCCGACAACGAGUAAAUGAAAAGUUCAAGACAAAAGUCAGGAUCGUUGCGACGCCAAUGAAUCCAAUCUCUGCAGUUGUCAAGGGGGCAUUGCAUUAUGGACUCGAAUUCGAAGAUGACCCCAACAAGGACAAUUUCGGCUUAAACAAAACCAUAAAGACACGCAGGCUUAAACGUACUUACGGAACCAAUGUUAUUGACUCGAUUGUCAGUUUUCUCACCGGGGGCUCUGAAGCGUUCUCUCUUAUAGCCAAGCGUGGAGACGAAAUUGCCGCCGAUCAGGCAUUUAAGCGAACGUACGUUGCUGUCAGCAGAAAGCAGACCGACAUGAGCAUGAACUUGUAUUGCACACGUAGAUUUGACGUAAAAUUCAUUAAUGAAGAAGACGUGUCCCUCUUGAAAAAGUGGUCUAUCACCCUCCCUCCGCUACAGCAGGAUGAAUCAAUACCGCCGGUCGAGCUGUCAUUAAUGUUCGGCAAGCUGGAAGUGACGGCGACGGCAUACAAUAAAAAAACUGGACAGAAAUAUCAAAUAGACUGUGGCCUUCCUGAUGCAGACCGCUGCAAAUGA